GUCGCGCACCUGGGGCCGGGCCUGCUUCCCUUGGGUGCUGGGUGCCGAGCCCUAGGGAGCGCUUCCGAGCGCCGGGGGAGGACGGCGUGCCCUCCACGGCUCCGGCCCCGGCCCGGGCUCCGCGGAGCGGCUCCUCUAAGAGCCCCGAGGCCGCACGGCCGCGCCGCGGCUGACCACUCUCCAGCUCGGCCAUGCGGACGCUGCGGGCCGCUCUCACCCUGACCCUGGGCGCGGGGCUGGGCGCCGCCGCCGAGAGCUGGCGGCGCCGGCGGGCGGACGCGCGGCCGGCGCCCGGGCUGCUGGGCCGGCUGCCCGUGCUGCCCGUGGCCGCGGCGGCUGAGCUGCCCGCCCUACCCGGGGGCGCAGGGGGCCGCGCGGCGGGCGAACUGGCCAAGUACGGGCUGCCCGGGGUGGCGCAGCUCAAGAGCCGCGAGUCGUACGUGCUGUGCUACGACGCGCGCACCCGCGGCGCGCUCUGGGUGGUGGAGCAGCUGCGGCCCGAGCGGCUGCGGGGCGACGGCGACCGGCGCUCGUGCGACUUCCGCGAGGACGACUCGGUGCACGCGUACCACCGCGCCACCAACGCCGACUACCGCGGCAGCGGCUUCGACCGCGGCCACCUCGCCGCCGCCGCCAACCACCGCUGGAGCCAGAAGGCCAUGGACGACACCUUCUACCUGAGCAACGUGGCGCCCCAGGUGCCCCACCUCAACCAGAACGCCUGGAACAACCUGGAGAAGUACAGCCGCAGCUUGACCCGCACCUACCAGAACGUCUACGUGUGCACCGGGCCGCUCUUCCUGCCCAGGACGGAGGCUGACGGGAAGGCCUAUGUGAAGUACCAGGUGAUCGGCAAGAACCACGUGGCGGUGCCCACGCACUUCUUCAAGGUGCUCAUCCUGGAGGCGGCGGGCGGGCAGAUCGAGCUGCGCUCCUACGUGAUGCCCAACGCGCCCGUGGAUGAGGCCAUCCCACUGGAGCGCUUCCUGGUGCCCAUCGAGAGCAUCGAGCGGGCCUCGGGGCUGCUCUUCGUGCCCAACAUCCUGGCGCGGACUGGCAGCCUCAAGGCCAUCACUGCCGGCGGCAAGUGAGGGCGGGGCCCCGAGGGACCACGCUGGGGGCCAGGCACAGUAAAGGCGGCUGUUUUUGGA